UACCUUUCCUUUCACAUUUACUGCUUUUCUUCUGUUAUUACCACUUUUAUCAGUUGUAGUAAGACCAACAGCUGAACCAUUUUCAUGGCGGCCAAGGAAAACGACAGUAGCUACCUGACUAACGAGCACACGUGUGAGCCCUGCAGAUCCUUCGGUCAAAAGUGCAGCCAUUUGGUGAAGAAGCAGAGGGCCAAAUUCUACAUCCUCCGCCGCUGCAUAGCCAUGCUAGUCUGCUGGCGCGACCGGGGCGACCCUUAAAUGGCCAGCUGCUUGCCUGUACAGGAGGUACCGUAAUUGCAAAAGGAAAAAAAUAAGGUGUUUGAUGUGUAAGUAACGUAGCAACUUUAGGGAUGAGGAGAAUAAAUUCUAGAUCUCUGUUUUAGGCUUUGAUUAUUUUCCUUGUGAUGAAUCUAAGGAUUCUGCUGAUCUGCUCCCCUUUUCCUCUAUUUUCUUAGUGUUUUUUUCCCCCUUAAAUGAAGCUUUUUGUAUUUGUAGAAAAUGGUUACUUUUUAUCUUCUCUGGAUGGGACUGAAAGGAAGCAUUUCCAGCACUCUCUUUUCUUAUAAUGCAGGUAAAGAAAGCAAAAAAUUUAAU